CUAGACAGUGCACAAAUCACUACUGAGGUCACACCGACCUUAUCUCCCGCACGAAAAUGGACGCCACGAUAUGUCCUUUGGACCUGGUCAUAUCCUGUCGCACAAGCGAAAAUGCUGCGGCGUCAGAAAUCGGUCACUUUCCACCUGCAUGGGAUCAAUCCAUCCCCAGAUGCGACAAUUACUCCAAAAAGGCACCAUUUUACGAAAACUACUAUGGGAAUCGCCCAUGGCUUUGUUUCAAUGACUCUUCACUGUCGCCUUUCCAGAGCACAGCCGUUUCCUCUCCAGAAUCUGACUGCAUCUCACCCAUUCUGGAUGUAGAGGUAGCGCUGAAUUUCUACGUAGGGGAUACGUCAAUAGAUAUUAUGGAGUCCAUUCCUUGGGAUCUCGGUCUAGAUCAACCAACAUAUAAUAGUCUUCCCACGUCAGACCUAUCCCAAGAUGUUCAAACUGCCUCCGAUUAUACUCGCACAACGGCCUCGAGCUCACGACGAAAGCAAACCCUCCAAUCUCGACGACAGAAAAGAAACAACAGAAAGACUUCCGAAACAUCCCUUGCUGGCAGUGCCAGUACUGGUAGUAGUGCUCCCUCAGUAUCGGACGCUGCCAGUCCCAGCUCCACGUCGCAGAACAGCCGCGCCAGCAUUGGGUCGAAAUCCACGUCGAUGGCUUCUACUGCAUCAAUGGCUUCCAGCCGUCAAGCAAAGCUCCGAAGCGCAUCUCGAACUUCGAAGAACAGCCAUUCCCGGUCAAACGAUACCCCCAAAGAACGCCGAACGCGCCUCUCGCACAACCUCGUCGAGAAGCAGUAUCGAAAUCGUCUCAAUACCCAAUUCGAAUCCCUUCUCAGCGCCCUACCAGAACAACUUCGCGCGGGGAACAAUGAAAAUGGCGAUAGUGACGAAUCGGAGGGGAAUGAUGCGGACUGCUGUGUGAGCAAGGGCGAAGUUCUGGAUAUGGCUCGCAAGCAUAUACAAUUACUGGAGCAAGAGCGCGCUGAGUUGGAACGCCAGAACCUCGAGCUUCACGGAAACCUCCAACGGCUAACGGGAUCUGCGUCUGAUGGUAGUGUCCUCGUCGGGCCAGGAAACUCCGCUCGAUUUUCAAAGCCAAUGCGGAUGGCGAGAAACAAGCCGACGACCAGGACAAGAGUUGAAAACGAAGGAAUGCCAAGAAACAGAGAAUGACUGCGCAGGAACAUGACCCGCCGAAAUGGAAGUUGAGGCAUCCCUUUACACCCGCCUGGUCGUUUAUCGCUCGGUGAAAAUGCAGUGUCAUCAUAUCGAAGCCCCCAGAUGAGCGGCCUGGUGCGUACGCGCAGCGCCAAUCGUCUCGCCAAAGAAUAGAAGAGCCCGACCGACUCAUACCCAUAAUGCUGUGUAGAAAAACAAGAAAACCCAAAGAUGCCCCCACAACGCCUCGCCUGCUGUACGUCGCCAUACCCUUUUAUCAAUGUCCUGUAUGAUGUUCGUGUAAUGAGCCAGAUGAGAAGAGUGAGGGACGCAGGUCAAUAGCAAUAGGAUAGAAGGUGGGGGUGGUGAUGUAAGAUUAAUCUUGUGUUGGAUUGCGACCCUGUAUUACGAAACC